AUGGACAAGACACGUAAGGCUAUGCUCGCUUUCAUCGAAGACAUUCCCAAUUCCAAGCUCGAGGGCGGCAUCGGCGGUUCCACAAUCUACACUGACAACCGCAACUUCCGACUGGACAACCAUGGUACUACUACAGCCAAGGACGGUAAGCCAGCCAUGCUCAACAUCCAGAUGCAGAUCAACAACCGCCCCAAGAUGACGUCUCCAGCCGAUGUUGCUCCUUCCGUGGCUAGGAUUGCUAUACCUGUUAUGGCAUCUUGUUCGGCCGAGAAGAUCAAGGCGGAACUUGAGAAGAGUCUCAUUGAGCAUGACGAGAAGACGCGCCAGUACUAG